AUGAGUUCAGUUUUCAACACCAAUGCUUUUUUGCGCCUAACUACCGAUACUGUCCGACAUGACAUGCGGACCAUGCUUCACUGGGACCCGGUGGGUAACAGGGUGCACUGUGCCAUGCGGGAUGCCUUUUUCCUUGUCAUUGACACCCCCAGGUUUUUCACAUACACACACAGUUCAUAUGGGGCGAUGCGACGGUACAUUCGACAGGCUCGCAUCAACAAGGGUAAGGUGAAUCCAGAGGACUUCCGUGACGUGGACACCAAUGUCCUGCGGGAGUCUCUUAUCCGCUAUGCUCAAUGGAAAGGACCACUACAGAAGAUUGACUUCCGUUGGUUCUAUUGGAUGUAUGCGCUGAUGAUUGGAUACGUCUUGUGGCAGGGCCUUGCGCUGCAGAAGAUAUUAGACGAGAAGGUUGAACGCUCUGGUGUGUCAUUAGAGGAACGUCGAAGAAUGUUUGACGAUGAGUAUGAAGAGGAUGUACGACCCCGGUAG